GUUUAGAGGAACUGCAGUUUUGAAGACUGAGCAUUGACUGCUAAGUGGUCUCUCUGUCAGACAAAGUAGAUGAGAUUUGCUGCGGGAUUGGAAACUUGGGCUUAUUACUGCUUCGUCCACCCAGAGAAGAAGGCAGUGCUACAGAGAAAAAGGGGGAGAGAGGCACGCUGAUAAAGGCAGGGCCCUGGAAAGAAGAUGUUUUGAGAAGUGUUUCAGAUAAACUUCUGCUGCCACGAAAGAUGGAGAACGAGACAGUAAGUGAACUGAACCAAACGCAGCUUCAGCCGCGAGCAGUGGUGGCCCUAGAAUACCAAGUGGUCACCAUCUUACUUGUGCUCAUUAUCUGCGGUCUGGGCAUCGUGGGCAAUAUCAUGGUGGUCCUGGUGGUCAUGAGAACCAAGCACAUGAGGACGCCCACAAACUGCUACCUGGUGAGCCUGGCAGUAGCCGACCUCAUGGUCCUGGUGGCCGCAGGCCUACCCAACAUAACAGACAGCAUCUACGGGUCCUGGGUCUACGGCUAUGUCGGUUGCCUCUGCAUCACGUACCUCCAGUAUCUGGGCAUCAAUGCCUCCUCAUGUUCAAUCACAGCCUUUACCAUUGAGAGGUACAUUGCUAUCUGUCACCCCAUCAAAGCCCAGUUUCUCUGCACAUUUUCCAGAGCCAAAAAGAUCAUCAUCUUUGUCUGGGCUUUCACAUCCAUUUACUGUAUGCUCUGGUUCUUCUUGCUGGAUCUGAAUAUUAGCACCUACAAAGAUGCUAUCGUGGUGUCCUGUGGCUACAAGAUCUCCAGAAAUUACUACUCACCUAUUUACCUAAUGGACUUGACUGUCUUUUAUGUUGUGCCGAUGAUCCUGGCCACGGUCCUUUAUGGUUUCAUAGCUAGGAUCCUCUUCUUAAAUCCCAUUCCUUCGGAUCCUAAAGAAAACUCUAAGAUGUGGAAAAGUGACUCAACUCAUCAGAACAAAAAUUUGAAUUCCAAGACCUCUAAUAGAUGUUUUAAUAGCACAGUAUCUUCAAGGAAGCAGGUCACCAAGAUGCUGGCAGUGGUUGUAAUUCUGUUUGCCCUUUUAUGGAUGCCUUACCGGACUCUUGUGGUUGUCAACUCAUUUCUCUCCAGCCCUUUCCAAGAAAAUUGGUUCUUACUCUUUUGCAGAAUUUGCAUUUAUCUCAACAGCGCCAUCAACCCAGUGAUUUACAAUCUCAUGUCCCAGAAAUUCCGAGCAGCCUUCAGAAAACUCUGCAACUGUAAGCAGAAGCCAACGGAGAAACCCGCUAACUACAGUGUGGCUCUAAAUUACAGUGUCAUUAAGGAGUCAGAUCAUUUCAGCACAGAGCUUGAUGAUAUCACUGCUACUGACAAUUAUUUGUCUGCUACGAAAGUGUCUUUUGAUGACACCUGCCUGGCUUCUGAAAUAACCUUUAGCCAAAGUUGAUUCAUGAAUUAGAAGAAAAUGGACCACAAAGUAAAUCCAUGCAGCCCCAGAGAGGAAAAGGCCAAUAAUCACAGUGAAGAAAGAGCAGAUAAAAUCUUUGCCAGUGCUCCAACAAGUCCUAACCCAAAAUACUUUAAGCCAUGAGAAUGACUGUAUUUUAAUUCUGAUAUCACAAAAAAGUGAAGCA